ACCUUUGACUUAUCUGAUGUAUUUAACGAUUUUCCUCCGGAAAAUCAGAAUAGUGUGCCGACCAUAUCAAAACUCUAGCUAUUUUUCUCUCAUUUCCUUUUGUUUUUUGACCAAAAAUUAAAUUCUCAUUUGUGUUAUAUUUUCAAGUUCUUUUUUUUUGCCCUUUAUCAUAUUCCCAUAUAUCCCUUUAUAAAGAACGCCUUCCUGCCAACAACAAGUCUAUUCUUCACCUGCAACUGCACCACUGACACCACCACAAGCAUCCGCCGUCGCCGCCCAUUACCUUGAUUCUUGGGGAAGAAAUAUACCUUUGCAUAGGUAUGUUUUUCACAAGUUCGAAUGAAAUUCUCGUAUAUUAACGGAAAUCAAGAUGUCAAACAUACCCACAUCUCUUUCUGAAGUAUGCCUUACUCUCUUCCGUUUAACCAUGUCCAUCGCUGACCCAUGGCCUUUUUCUUGAGCCUUAUUAUAAUCUAACAAAAAUCCUUUGAGAUCUCUUGCUUGCCCAGACUUGGGAAAAUUCCACUCACGUACGAAAACCCCCUGUUUCUUACUAUUAUAAUCUCUCUCCUACCAAGGCAAGUCAUGAGAAAGAUAAUAGGUUUCAAGAUUGGAAAACGGCUGGUUAGGAUCUCACGAUGGAUCUUCCGGCGGGCUCGAAGCCCAUCCAGUUACAAUCGGCUAUGCUCACCGGGAAAAACAUGCAGGCCCAAGCCCCUCGCAAAGCUUAUCAACUGGGGUCGCCGUUUAACAACAGGAGCAAAGUCUCUGUGUUCUGCAAAACCCAGGUCGGGUUACAUCCCCUUGGUCGAGGAGCCUGUCCAUGAAAAGUCGGUGACAGUGCCAAAGGGACACUUGGCGAUCUAUGUGGGUCAAAAGGAUGGCGAUUUCCAGAGAGUUUUGAUGCCGGUGAUUUACGUAAACCAUCCUCUGUUUGGCGAGUUACUGAGAGAAGCAGAAGCGGAAUAUGGGUUCAAUCAACAAGGUGGAAUCACAAUUCCAUGCCGAUACUCCGAGUUUGAGAGGGUCCAAACACGGAUUGCAGCAGGGUCCGGCGGGCGUAAGCUGGCGUUGAAGCGCAACCAUAACUGAGGUAGUUUAUGAGAUGACGACGACAAUAUUCGUAGAUGAUUGUAAUGUUUACAAUUUUUUACUAUAGUGGUUUGCCUUUUUUUUUCU